CCACGCUGCUUAAAUAUGCAGCGGAGACGUCAUCUCCGAAGGUGGAUGGGGCGUAAGUGGCCAAUAUCUAUAUAAACGUGGCCGAGGGGCGAACCGGCAGCGGGAGGCGAGCGGGGCCGCCGCAGCCCCGAGGAUGCCGGGGCUGCCCUGGCUCGCGGCGGCGGCGCUGGCUGCCCUGGCGCUGCUGGCCGCCCUGUGCCGGCACCUGUGGGCGCUGCGCUGGAGCCUCAGCCGGGACCGCGCCAGCGCCCUGCCGCUGCCCAGGGGCUCCAUGGGCUGGCCCUUCUUCGGCGAGACCCUGCACUGGCUGCUCCAGGGCUCCCGCUUCCACAGCUCCCGGCGGGAGAAGUACGGGAACGUCUUCAAGACUCACCUCCUGGGCCGGCCGGUGGUGCGGGUGACGGGCGCUGACAACGUCCGCAAGAUCCUGCUGGGUGAGCACACGCUGGUCAGCACGCAGUGGCCCCAGAGCACCCAGAUCAUCCUCGGCUCCCACACGCUGCUCGGCUCCAUCGGGGACCUGCACCGCCAGCGCCGCAAGAUCCUGGCCAGAGUGUUCAGUCGCGCCGCCCUGGAGAGUUACCUGCCACGGAUCCAGAAGGUUGUGAGCUGGGAGCUGCGGGGCUGGUGCAUGGAGCCGGGCUCUGUCGCCGUUUAUUCCUCUGCUAAAACCUUAACUUUCCGCAUUGCAGCUCAGAUUCUGCUGGGGCUCCGUCUGGAGGAAAAACAGUUCAAGGACUUGGCCAAAACCUUUGAGCAGCUGGUGGAGAACCUCUUCUCCUUGCCCCUCAACAUACCCUUCAGCGGGCUGCGCAAGGGAAUCAAAGCACGGGACAUGCUACAUGAGUUUAUGGAGAAUGCUAUACGGGAAAAACUGCAGAGAAACAACCCAGAAGAUCACAACGAUGCUCUGGAUUUCAUAAUAAAGAGUGCUAAGGAGCAUGGCAAAGAAUUCACCAUGCAGGAGCUAAAGGAGUCAGCGAUUGAGCUCAUAUUUGCUGCUUUUUUCACCACGGCUAGUGCCAGCACCUCUCUGAUCCUCCUGCUCUUGAAGCACCCCUCGGUGAUUGAAAAAAUAAGGCAGGAGCUGAUGUCCCACGAGCUGUAUGAGCAGCAUGAGCACUGCCCGGAGGGACCCUGCCCAGACACCCUGACUUCCCAGAGCAGGGACACUGAGAAGCCACUUUACCCCAUGGCUAAAGACACUCACAAGGAACAGAGCCAGCCCUCAGGCCCAACGGAGGAAAGUUCUCCCCAGCUCUGUGAGCCACCAGAGCCCACCCUCCCCCAGAGCAGUCCCUGCGCUGGCCCCCAGCUGUGGGUACCAUCAGGGCAGAGCAGCCCCUCAGACAUCAGCCUGGAGAAGCUGAGCCAUCUGCGCUACCUGGACUGUGUGAUUAAGGAGGUGCUGCGGGUGCUGCCCCCCGUCUCUGGAGGCUACAGGACAGCACUGCAGACUUUUGAGCUGGAUGGCUACCAGAUCCCCAAAGGCUGGAGUGUCAUGUACAGCAUCCGUGACACACAUGAGACGGCCACCAUCUACCAGAGCCCCCCUGGCAGCUUCGACCCCGACCGCUUCAGUGCCACCCGGACGGAAGCCAUGGGCCGCUUCCACUACAUCCCUUUUGGUGGUGGGGCGCGGGGCUGCAUUGGCAAGGAGCUCGCGCAGGCCAUUCUCAAGCUGCUGGCCAUUGAGCUGGUCAGCACGGCGCGCUGGGAGCUGGCAACGCCUGGCUACCCUGCCAUGCAGACCGUGCCCAUCGUGCACCCCACCAACGAUGGGCUGCAACUCUACUUCCACCCCUUGCAGCCCAGCUGCCGCAGCGAGGCCUGAGCCAGGGCCAUGCUGCCCCUCUCAGCUCUGGCAUCAAUGCCCUUCCAUGGCUGCCAGAGGCAUGUCUCUGCUCCCUCAGGCUGGGUAUGGCACUGGGUCACUGCAGAGCCAAACCUCAAACAUCCUUUUUGUGGUUUUUCCCCCUCCUGGUGUACAAGCCAUUAGGGAGGGUCCUGUCCCUGAGCAUAGGGGUAAGCCUCAGCCCCAGCCUGGGGGCAAAAUCCAUUGAAGUCACUGGCAAGGAGCAUCCUCCAUGGGGCCUCAGCUAGCCCCAGCCCCACAUAGGUCCCCAGUCUCCGGGGAUGGGAAGCAAAAUGCCCAGUCACACAGCUAAGGCUCCCAGAGCUUUACUGUCCCAGGUUUAUCUCCUGUGGGUGUGUUAUAGGCAAGGCAGGACAAACAUGCUGCACACCAUACAGCUUUUAAGACACGUUAAAAGAGGAAAGAUCCACAGCAUCACCUUAACUAGAAUAAUCGAGUGCAAAGUGGUUUUUAUUGUAAAUAUUUAAUCUCACUUUUGCAUUUCCUAUUAGAGCCAGCUCAGAAGACUUCUCGUUCACCAGUAGUAAUAGCUGUGUAUGUUGCGCCUGAGCACUGCGCUGCUGCUUGGGGUCUGCCAUAAAGCCCCUCUCCAGGGUCCCCACAGCCUGAGGUCCUCCUGACUGGGGAGGUGGACUGAAGCAGAGAAGGGACCUUUGGGGAAUAAACAUUUGGAAAACCAACAUUUCUGAAUAUGUCUGAUUUAUGCUGAGAAGUCCGUUCCUGAUGAUGCUGUUCUCUUUGCAGAGGGGGUAUUUCACACAGGUCCUAUGGUGGCUGGCUGGACAGUGACUGUGUCACCUCCUGCAGCCUGUCUCUGCCAGGGGAAGUGCCAGGACAGCAGCUCUGUGGGUCCAUCCAAGGGGUGGUACUUGAGGCUAAGCCUGGGUGCUGAGGGCAUCCUUUUGGGUGGCUUUUGAGUACUACCUGCCUCAUUGAGACAUGCGUAUUUCUUUCCUAUGUAAAAUGAAGUGAAUCCUGUUGCUUGCACUGAGAAGAGAGCUAAGCCCAGGUCCUUGCUCCACUGCAAUCUAUUAAUGAACUCCUUUUAAUUUCACCUUUGCUCUUCACUGUCACUUAUCCUGUGUAAAAGCAAUGAGCGAAAUCAUCUGGGUUGUCUCUCUGGUGCAUCCUGGGCCUGGUGGCUCUAUGUGAAGGACCAGCGUCAAUUUGACCUGUGAGGGCAGAAAUGUGGCACAAGGACAGAGUCACUUUGGGAAAGGCUCUGGGGAAUGCCCCUGUCCCCUGAAUAUCUGUCCUCCUUCAACACCAGGCUAAAAUUGACCUCAACCCUGGGCAGUCGCCUUUGCAAGUCCAUGCUGGAGCACUGCAGCAGGGCAUGUGCUGCUGUUAGCAGUCAGAGAGCUGUGGAGCGAGUACAACACUACCUGGGGCAGAAACGCGACUCCCAAAUGUGAUGGGUCAAAUCUGGAAGAGGUUGAACUGCAGAGCUGAGUUAAGUGUUGUUGGCAGGUCGACCCUAUAGUGAACCAGAGUCUCUGCCCCUCCUGACCUUGCCCUGAAAGGUGAAUCUGGCUAUCAGAGGUGAACUCAGUAGGUGGUGGCUGCAAGUGGCAAUGACUAACUUUAAUUAGCAGGAGCUGCUGGCGUGGUUGUGACCCACAGGCAAUGCAGGCUCAGGAGCUGCUGCUGUGGCUGUGACCCACGGGCGAUGCAGGCUCAGGAACGAUGUGGUUGUGACCCACAGGUGAUACAGGCUCAGGAGUGAUGUGGCUGUGACCCGUGGGCAAUGCAGGCUCAGAAGCCGCUGGCGUGGCUGUGACCCACGGGCAGGGCUGGGCGUACAGCGCCCAGCACCAUGUGCGGGACGGCCGGGGCUCCUCCACUUAAAAUUUUAUUACCCCAAGCGCUGACGAGCCCCGCAGCCACCCACUGAAAAACGUAACGCAAAUCUAGUUGUUA